AUCCAACCUUUUUUCCUUCACAAUUCCUUUUCACGAAGAAGAGAACAAAACUAUGAUGGCUUUCAAAAAAGAGUACCUUGAUUUGUUCUUGGUACCAAGUGGUCUAAUUAUUAUGAUUGGUUAUCAUCUCUAUUUGCUCUAUAGAUACCUUAAAGUUCCACAUACUACUGUCAUGGGGUUUGAAAACAAUGACAAAAGAGCUUGGGUUGAAAAAAUUAUGUUGGAUGAUAAAAAGAAUAUUGAUACAGCUCUAACUGUUCUAGGAUCUAGUCUCUCUGGAGCAACAUUCUUGGCAUCUGUUUCACUAAGUUUGAGUUUUCUCAUUGGAGCUUGGAUGGCCAACAAGAAUGUUUUUAGCAGUGAAUUAAUAUAUGGCGACACAAGAUUAGAAACUAUGUCCAUCAAAUUCAUUAGCCUGCUACUUUGCUUCAUGCUGGCGUUUUCGUGCUUUGUUCAAUCUUCGAGGUGCUUCAUUCACGCGAAUUACCUAAUUAGCACGCCUGAUACUGAUAUACCGAUUAGCUAUGUUGAAUUGGCUGUUAUUAAGGGAGGUGAUUUUUGGUCGCUAGGACUUAGAGCACUUUAUUUUGCUACGCCUUUGUUGUUGUGGUUUUUUGGCCCGAUUCCUAUGUUUGCUACGUCGAUUGGAAUGGUAUUCCUACUCCAUUACCUUGACAAGAACACGAAACAAUUGCAUAGACAUCGGUCUUCUGUAAAAGGAAAGCAGCCAUACGAGAGACUCGAGUAGGAAAGCUGAUAUCGAGCGUUUAGUUAUGUGAAAUUUCUGUGUAGUGUGAGAGAUAUGCCCGUGAAGCUUGUCAAGAUAUAGACUGUUCAUAUCAUAGAAUGAGCCACGUAUAUAAGUGUACGAAAUAUGGAUUAUAUUCUAUGGUUAUCUGAAGUAAUGUAAGCAAUUAUACACCCUUCGUCCCAAUUUAUGUAAAGGUGUUUGAUUGGGCACGAAGUUUAAGAAUGAAAAGAAGACUUUUGAAAUUUAUGGUCUGAAAUAAGCUAUAGAUAUUUGUGUGGUUAUAAAUUAGUUCAUUAAGGGUACACAAAAUGGAAAGUUUAAAGUCAAAUUGUUGCUUACUAAAUUUAGAAAUGUGUCAUUAUUUUUUGUACUGACUAAAAAGGAAAGAGUGUCACAUAAAUUAGAAUGGAGGGAGUAUUUAUCUGAGGUAGAUAUUCAUGAUGGCGUUUUCGUGCUUUGUUCAAUCUCGAGGUGCUUCAUUCACGCGAAUUACCUGAUUAGCACGACUGAUACUGAUAUAUCGAUUAGUUAUGUUGAAUUGGCAGUGAUUACGGUAGGUGAUUUUUGGUCGUUAGGACUAAGAGCGCUUUAUUUUACUACACCUUUGUUGUUUUGAUUUUUUGGCCCGAUUUCUAUAUUUGCUACGUAGAUAGGAAUGGUUUUCCUCCUCCAUUACCUUGACAAGAACACGAAGCAAUUGCAUAGAGAUCGGUCUUCUGUAAAAGGG